AUGGCCCCAAGACUUGUCCUGGUCCUCAGCCUCACCUUCUGGGUGGGUUGCUCACUUUGCUGCGGGAGAGAAGCAGCUCCCACCCAGCCCAGGGUGCGGUGCCAGGCCUCUAGGUACCCGAUCGCGGUGGAUUGCUCCUGGACCCUGCCGCCCGCUCCAGACUCCUCCAGGCCCACGUCCUUCAUUGCCACGUACAGGCUUGGCGUGGCAGCCCAUGGGGAGAGCUGGCCCUGCCUCCAGCAGACACCAGAGGCCACGAGCUGUAUCAUCCCUGACAUCCAGAUGUUCUCCAUGGUGCCCUAUGUGCUCAACAUCACGGCUGUCCACCCCCGGGGCGUCAGCAGCAGCUUCGUGCCGUUUGUCCCAGAGCACGUCAUCAAACCGGACCCUCCAGAAGGUGUGCGCCUGAGCCCCCUCCCUGGGCAGCGGCUCUGGGUGCAAUGGGAACCCCCCCGGUCCUGGCCCUUCCCAGAGAUCUUCUCACUCAAGUACCGGAUCCGCUACAAGCGUCACGGAGCUGCCCGCUUCCGCCAGGUGGGACCAAUUGAAAGCACAUCCUUCACCCUCAAGGCUAUGAGGUCCCAAGCCAAGUACUGCAUCCAGGUGGCUGCUCUGGACCUCACUGACUAUGGGGAAUCAAGUGCCUGGAGUCUCCCCGCCGUUGCCUCCAUGACCCUGGGCAAGUAGCGGGGGUUCCCUGCACCCCCGAAGAGGGGCUGUGCCCUUGACAUCCACCUAAGGGUGGAUGGGACCUGACUGGCCUGGGUUCACUGCUGCCGAGUUGCUGGGCA